GUGUUUUAGACGGUGAACUUUUCAGUGAUCAGCGCACUUUCUCCGAGAUUUCAUGUGAGCAUCAGCACCUGUCGUACAGUACAAUCAUGUCUGGCAACCCUUACUAUGACAUGUCCAACACAUCGAGUGACAACUGCACCGAUGUGGACAACAAGAUGAAGCGCUACUAUCUGCCAGCCAUGUACGGUGCCAUCUUCAUAGUGGGCGUGAUUGGAAACCUCACAGCUCUUCUGGUGUAUGUGGUCAAGGUUCGACCCUGGAAGAGCAGCACCAUCAUCAUGGUGAGCCUGGUCUUCACAGAUCUCCUCUUCAUGAUCUCGCUGCCAUUUUUAGUGUAUUACUAUGUGCUGAAUGACUCGUGGACUCUGGGAAUCAUCAUGUGUCGAUUCGCCCGCUUCAUCUUCCACUUCAACCUGUACGGCAGCAUCCUUUUCCUCACAUGCUUCUCCAUUUUUCGUUAUGUAGCAAUCGUGCAUCCGCAGCACACACAUAAGAUUAGGCGCAAACGCUGGGGCGUUGUAUCUUGUGUGUUGGUUUGGAUCAUUACGGUGGCUGAACUGAGUCCCAUUUUUAAUCUGUUUGACACGAUGGAGCUCCAUAACAAAACAUACUGUUUGGAUUUUGCGAGCAACGAUGCACAAAAGAUUUGGCCGUAUAGUUGGGUGUUAACUGUACUUGGCUAUUUAGUUCCUUUAGUGGUGAUUUGUGUUUGCUAUUGGCGCAUCAUUGAAAAGUUAAAGGAGGGUCCUCAUAUGGGGUGCAAAAAACGGGUGCGAGCAAGAAGAAUCAUUGUACUGAUUUUGACGUGUUUUGCGGUUUGUUUUCUUCCGUUUCAUGUGCUGCGAGCAUUUAGAAUCUACACAAGGCUCACGCCCGGGACAGACUGUAUGCUGGAUCAUGGCGUUCAUGCAGCCUACAUCAUCUCCAGACCCAUCGCGGUGCUCAACAUUAUCUUCAACCUGCCGCUCUACACGCUCUCAGGCGAUAGCUUUAAACAGGCCUUUGUGGAGCUCUUCAAAUGUGACAAGUUCAAGUCGAGCAAUGAAAGGCUUGUUCAACUGGCGGUGAUCAGCUAACGCAUCCCACCAUUAGAAGCGAGAAGAGCAGCUGAGAUUGACUUUGGCUCACUAAUGUAGCGUAAUAGUCAAAGACACUGUGAAUUGAUAAAAUAUGAAGGAUAUACGACACAUAAAACUGGACAUUUUUGGACAUUAAUUACGCACUAAUGACACAAUCCAGGCCGAGAUUGACUUUGUAUCUGCUGUAAGAAACAAGCUACUAUAUUUUAUCAUUAAGUGUAAAAUAUUUUCCAUAUUUAAAACAUGAAUCAUUCAAUGCCAAGGGCUUUACUUAUACUGUUUAACUCUUUUUAUAGUCAUCUUAAUACUUUGCAAAUCUUCCAAACCACUACUGUAUAAUAGGUUUCGCUCUUUUGUCAGGAAGAAGUUUAAUAUUAGCAGUACAAGUCAGAAUAAUAUGUGCUUUCUUUUUCAAACAAGCAUAUCUGUUAUGCUGAAUUCAUUCAUGAUUUAUUUGCACAAAGGUUAUUUGAAAGAAGACACUUUAUUUCCAUUUAAUAAGCUAUGUAAAUAAUAUCACUUGUGAAUAUCAAAUUCCCUUUUUAUUACUGUACAUUUUACUACCAUUGCAAUCAAGCAUGAACAACUGAAAUGUCAACUUUACGCACAAUAAUGGGUUUUAUUUUAUUUUGAUGGUCUCUAUUGCACAUUUUGUUGACUAAGAUUUGCUUUGCAACUACAUGCCACUUCUCAUUUGAGUAUUAGUAGACUGUCUGCUUAAUAUCUGCUAAUACUGCUCCUUCAACAGACAUUUGACUGGCUAUAAGAAGCUUUGCAUGUACAUGUCAACCAACUCUAACCCCAACCCAAACAGUCUACUUAUAAUCUAUUGAUAGUUAGUUGGCAUGUAUAUACAAUGUAACUUAAAUUCAACAAAAUUCAUUAAAGGAAGCAUCAAAAUAAAGUGAUACUGGGUUUACUUAUGCACUAAGUGAAAAAAAUAAAUAAAAUACAGUUGUGAACAUUACCUAAAAUACAUUCUCUCUAACAUUGCACUAGUUUCUCUUCUAAAAUUGCAUGAUAUGCAAGUUAAAUCAGAAGAUCAAAUAACUCUUUACAGUACUAAUAACAGGUUUACAUCCUCAAGUGCCUUGAGAAAUAAUGUGUUAAGUUGUAGCUCAAAAGCAUGGUGCUAGCUUGCAAUUCCAGUUAAUGCAUGAAGGAAAGAAACGCACACACGCUGAAUGUCCCUUUGCAUAAAAUGCAUGAAUGUAAAUGUGCACGAUCUGUAAAGCAACUGUCUGGUCAUGAUGUUAAUAGCUUACGGCGCCACAAUGGAUCUGAUGCACACAAAUAUGCAAAGACACCCUCUCUGUAAAUAAAACACUGCAUUGCUCUUUUAA